GAUCCAAAAAGUCUGCUAAAAAUGUUUAAUUUAAAAUAUUUUCUUUAUUUAAUUUUCUUUGUUUUCCUCUUUCAAAUCACCAAAUGCCAAGGACAAGGGGCUGGUAGAUGGAUUGGAAAAAAUGAAAUUGAAGGAUUGUCUUCUGUUGAUGGCGGGAAAAAACUAGUAGAUUCUCAUUUGAAUAUGGAAACUUUAGAUAAUAUUGUCUCUCCUUAUGCUAUUGGAUGGUCACCAGAAAAUGAGUGGACAAUGGACCCUAUACGUCUAAAAAAGUGGUCAACACAAUUACGUUAUGGAAAGAGGGCUGUCUCUGCAUUUCGUAGAUCUCCUUGGUCUAGUCAAGUUAGGUGA